AUGGGACUUAAACCUAUAGUGACAUUUUAUCCAAAAGAAUUGCCAAAUAAGCCACAAAUGGAGAAGAAAAGAAGAGUGAGAAUCAAUAAAAGUCUCGCUGAGCUCAAAGCCAUCAUUUUAGAAAACAUGAAGAAGGAGAACAUAAAUAGUUUAUCUAAACUAGAGAAGGCGGACAUCUUGGAAUUGACAGUGCAACAGCUACGAAAGUUACAAUUGUUAUCUUGUUCAGUAGAAAAAUCGGAAGAUGCUACAAGAAACAACUUUCACGCUGGCUUUCAGCAAUGUAUAAUAGAAGUAGUAAGACAUUCGUCCAGUGUGAACAACGCUGGCCAUUCCUUAUACAAAAGACUCGUCCAUCAUCUUAAUAGAUACGCCCAGAAAGUCAAGGAAGAAGAAGUUAUUGGUUUUCAGUGUUUAAGUAAAAACCAAAUCACUGUUGAGGAACUAGAAGCAAAUAUCCAGAAUAGAAGACAAAACGUCCAUUCAUAUACACGACAAAGUUCUUUACAGAAGUGCUUUGAAGAGUCUAACAGUAGUCUUCAGUCGGACGUUUGGAACGCAUUGGAUAAACUUCAUUCACCAAACCUGAAAUCUCAAGAAAGUAAACUUUACUCGAGCCAAACCACGCGAAGUUCUCGUGAACUAGAUUUUCUAUUAUACAAAACUCCCAGCAAUCUGGACACGUUAGAUUAUGACAAUCUCACGAUACCCAUAACACCUCCGCAGAGGAACGGAUUUCACGAACAUAAUACCAUGAAAUUAUCAUUUCCAAUAACUGGAAAGAAAACAGGAAGUUUAUAUUCUCUGAAACAAGGUCAAGCCUCAAGUCUGUCUUCACCUGAACCGUUCCAGACGAAAGAAUCCCAUAUUCCCUGGAACAAGGUCAAGCCUCAAGUCUGUCUUCACCUGAACCGUUCCAGACGAAAGAAUCCCAUAUUCCCUGGAACAAGGUCAAGCCUCAAGUCUGUCUUCACCUGA